UCGGACUAACAUUAAGCGAUAAAACAAACCCUUUACAUAUAGCACACAAUGAAAAAAUGUAUCAGCACAUGACUGAUAACAAAAUAGACAAUGUUAUUGAAGAAAACUAUGAGAAACAACUUAAAAAGAAUUACACAGAGAGUCAAAAAGAUAAACACGUUUCUAAGGUAAUCGUUAAUGAAUUGAAAACAGGCACGGAAUUGAUAGGUGAUAAAAAUGCUCGCGUGACCUCAAAUGUUACGUUUACUCCUGAAAAUGACACUCUCACGGCCAUGGCUUUCAUAGCCGGUAAUCUACUAAACAAACUAUGGAAUAUGGAACGUGAUUCGACGGAGUCAUUAGAAACCGACAUUGUGAAGCAUGAGAAAAUAUCUGAUUUAAUAGAACUCUUCAAGGAACCUUUAUCUUUGAGACAGGAAAUGUUUUUGAAGAGCGCUCUAGAAAAGCUGUCUGGUGUUAUUGACAAAAACGAAGACGUAGGGAAUUUGACAUUAUGUGGUAAAUUUGAAGAAGCCAAGAAGCUAUUAAUUCCGGUUGAGUUAAAUGAAACUAAUGUUAAAUCGGUAGAUGGUGAUACAGUCAAAACAGCCAAAGCAUUGGAUAACAUAAAAAACGUAUUGACUCUCAUAAGCAAAUAUGAAAAUGUCAAUCAACAGAUGCUUAGAAAGAAGACUUCUAAGAACUCGUUUGGAUUUGAUUCACACAACUUAACUAAGGAUGAAAACGUUACUUUAAAUUCAUUCGGAAGGAUAUUGGAAAAAGUCACUAAAUUAAUAAUGCCUAAUAAUAAACAUGUGGUUAAAAAAAUUAAAAAGUCAAAUAUGUUUAAAAAUGAACCAGAUUUUGCUAAGAAUAAAAAAUACUUUCAAGCUGAUUUGACCAACUUAAAUUUAACAGCCAAAGACAAAAUUAUACUAGAUUAUAUCAGUCAUAUUGAAAAAUAUCCAGACUGCUUGUUGAAAGACCAAAGCAAACAACGUAAAAUCAAAUCGAGUCCUUCCUUUCCUAGUGUAGAAAGUAAUAUAAUGUUAAAUUUAUCAGAAUUUUUUAAGAUGAAAUCCUUAGCUGAUCUGGUAAAACUACUUGAUAAUGACAAAAUUAAUAAAACAAAUAUAGAACGGUCAAAAUCGACCACAGAAAUGUACACAAGUAUCAAAACUACACAAGUUCCUAAAAAAGUUAAAUCAUUAGAGGCCAGCAAAGAGAAAUUGAAAGCACAUUUGAAAUCUAUUCUCGAAGAUUUAGUUGAAAUACAAAAUGCCAAAGGUAUGCCCACUGGUCAAGCUGAUGUAAAGAUAAAGGAUAUCUUGCCUUGCCUUUAUAAUAGUUUAAAUUCUGAUAAACCCACUAAUAUCGAUGAUGAUCCAGUGAAGAAAAUAAGUAAUGUAUUUACAAAUUUGAAAAGAGAUCUAAAAUACACGUCUCAAACGCGAAGGAGUAGUACUGUUGGUCAUAGACCGAAAUCCGCUGUCGUUUGGGAGAGGCUGAUAAAAAAUUUGAACGAAAACAAAAUCAAUACUCGUAGAAACAUAUUACCUUCAGAACCUAAGUCAUAUAGUGAAAUUAAAAAAGCUUUAGACAAUAUCAAGCUCGAAAAUGUAAACACGAAAUUAUCUGUUGUUACUGAAUUACCAGCUGCAGAGAAAGCUAUAGUACUAAGAACCUUGAAUCUUGAUAUCAGAAAAAUUAUAGAAAUUCUGGAAAACGUUAAAGACACCGUAGCUUCUGGUAAUAUACCUAAUAAUAAAAUAAACGAACUUCAUGGGUACGUUGAUGUUGUUGCCAAAAACAUAAAUUUAAAAACAAACAUUUUGAGUCAGUUGAACAGCAAUAACCAAAAUAUGUAUUCAGCGCUAAAAACGGACGGAAACGUAAAAGAUUUUAUGCCUAGUCCGAAUUUGUACAAGGAAGAAAACGUCCUAUCUAAGAUAACGAGAGAUCAGAUUGUAAAUCAGUUAAUCAAGAACCGAAUUCAGAGAUAUUUAAGAAUGAAACAAAUUAAGUAUUAUGAUACAACCGAUGACGUGAUAUAUGACAUAGCUAAGAAGAUAUUACUGUAUCUAGAGAACGGGAACGCUGUUCUUGCCAGAGAGUUGUACAAGAUAUUUGUGAAACGCCAAAUUGAUGAUAACAGUUUCAAAGAUAGAAAUGAACCAAUACCCAGCGUUGAUUACCCCGCCAAAGUUCACCUUGAGCCGAUUGUAAGCUUUUCAAGUCCACAGCCGGAAUAUGGAAUUAACACCCAAGAACGUUUGAUCAAACAGUUGAUUAAUAUGAAGAACAUGAAAAUUUAAAUUGGCUAUCAAUUUUUGGCCUUUUCAACCCGUGAUGUUGAUGAAUUUGAAAAAAAGUUCACAAUAAUUAAAAACCACCAAAUUUAAUUACAAUUAAGUGCCUAAAAAUGAAAAAGGUUUUUUUUUACGAUUUGUAUUUUUUUAAAUAAAUUUUUAUGUAUAUUAUA